CCCGAUCUGUAUGAUCAUGCAUAUCACUUUCAUGAUUUCUCGGAGUCAAGGAAAGCUUUUCAGUCCUCAUACUAUAAAGUAUUCAUGGAAAAGUCGUCUCUUCAACUAAAUCUCUGAAUCGUAAAGAUUAGCUCGUUGUUGGCUGUGUGUAUUUUCGAAUCUUUUUGCUUAGUUUCUUAAGAGGGAACGACUAAGCUUGAAUUCCAAGGAUAUUCAAAGCAGAGCAGCAUUUGUUUAUCUUGACGAUGAAAGCAUUUAUACUUUCGAUUAUUUUCGCAGUGAUUCAGUGCCUCACAGGUAAGUUUAACAUAGAUUUUUUGUUCCUGUGUUGAGAAUCCGAAUGUUAUUGAAUGUUAUACUUUGGAAUAACCGAGCAUUUUGGCAAACAUUAUUAUGAGGAAACCGAAAAACACAAAACCCAUAGUUUUCGAUAUUCUAAAGUUGACUGCAGAGCGAGAGAUUCAAUAUCCAUAAACUGCAAAUUACAAUGCCCCCUCUUAGACACAAAAGAUGUUACGAAUUUCAGGCAAAUGACGGAAAUUGUGGUUAAGGCAAAAAGUGCUAAUUUGGUCUGUGUAUAUGUGUAAGUUGUUAUGAGGCGGAACUACAGUGAAAGUGAAAGGAACAACACGGCGCCUUUCACGCUUCGAACACAACGCCGGUUUACCAGCAAAGUAAAGUUAAAUUAAAUGGAAAUUAGCUUUCUGAAAUCAAGAAAUUUGUCAGCUCCAUUAAGAAAGUGACUCAAGUUUCUUUACCUAAGGGAGAUGUCGUGAUUUCACUUGAUUGUCCAAAUAUCUAAAUUUUAAAUCAGAAACGUCAAGCCAGGUCAGUUAUUUUUAGACAUCGUUACGACUGAUUCCGUUUGCCUCUUUUGAAAAACACUUAAAGACAAACCAAAAAUAGACAAUGAUUUUCCCGGAAGAAGAGUGUUAUAUUUUUAGUAUUUUCCAAACCACGUUUUAUUAAUGAGCAGGUCAAAAGUCUUAAAUAAAUGCUGGAACGACAGUUUAGAUGGACGAUGUUUUUCCUGACGAAUUGUGAAAAUUAAUGCGAACAUCGGAGCAUUAGUGUAUAUCACACUUUUUUAGAAGAAUUGCAAAGCGGGAGUCGAUAGUCAAGUAGUGAAGCUAUAUAAUAGAAUGAUAUGCAGAAAGAGUAUGCUUACACAGGGCAGUUGAAUGCAUGGUGCGCCUUUCCAGUCAAUAUUCAAAUUAUUUCAAAAUGGGAUGAAAUGUUUCUAUUUCUGUGCCAUAUUUUCUAUUUUAACUUCACAGUUGCUACUAUGCAGUGACUGGCAAACUGAUGACUCCGUUCUUCAAGAUUUCAAGACAAUUGUUAUGAACUGCACUAAAAAUUGUUCUAACUAAGUGUUUGGGAAUUGCUUAGGCCUGUUGUAUUGUAGUGAAAUCCUCGUGCGAGUCUUGUGAGCCUUAGUUUGUCAUGUGCUGCCAGAUCACGCAUUAUUUUUACCCUUUGAGAGUAGUGUCCUUGACCGUUGUAGUGUGGCUUAAUACACGUACAGUAAUCGUCAUCGCUAAUCGUGUUUGGGUUUCUCCUUUACCUUUCUUAGAGUCCUCAACGGGGAUUUUUGUUUAGGUUUUAGUUCUCUCUUGUUCUCGUAGAUUGGUCGUUAUUAAGAGAGGAUGUCAGCAUCUAUCAAACAAAUUUGAAAUAAUGUGGCAAAUCGCCCAAUAUUCGUUUUCUCUCCAACUUUCAUAUUUUUAGCCCAAUAUGUCCUUAUAAUUGCGGUGUAGUUUUUUUGUGAAAAUGUAUUUUCGUUUUUGAGAAAUGAUUGUUUUCUUUCGACCGCUCAAAUAUGCAAAUUUUCACCCUGAAUAUUACCCGAGUCGUGUGACCUCGUGUAACGAAUUUACUUGACCUCCGGUAUUUCUGCCGGCAUAAUCCUUUGUUUUAUCAUCUAAACUUGAUCCCCUGUCAUUAUUGAAGCUGGCAAAGAAGUUUUUAUUUUUUGGUGAAUAUUUUUGUCCGACAUACUUUUUCUACGUCGAAAAGUAGCAUCAAAAUAAAGACAGUUUUAACAAUGACCGAUAUGACAGAAUCUACUGAGCUUCUUGCUUUUGAAAGACAAAAGGACGGUUAUAAAGUUACUGUAAAAAUUUCGAAUGUGAAUAUAUGAAAGUCAUACAUUUGAAAUGCGGAUAAAGACGUUAAUAUGAAAAAGAUCUUCGCAGUAAUGAACACUACUUGAGCAUUAUGCCGACAGAAAUACCGGAGGUCAAGUAAAUUCGUUCCAUGAGGUCGCACAACUCGGGUAAUAUUCAGGAUGAAAAUUUGCAUAUUUGAGCGGUCGAAAGAAAACAAUCAUUUCUCGAAAACGAAAAUAUAUUUUCACAAAAAAACUACACCACAAUUAUUAGGACAUAUUGGACUACAAAAUAUGAAAGUAGGAGAGAAAACGAAUUUUGGGUGACUUGUCGCUGUUUGUCUGAUGCAUGUUGACAGUAGCUCUUAGGUACUUGGUCGAGCUUUGUAAAUAGCUUCAAGAGCAAUUCCGCUACGAGGAAAAAGUACGGAAAGAGUGCUUCGGUUAUUGCUCAGCUGAGAGAGAUUUAAUAACUUACGAGGUCACUUCUAAUUCUGCUUUUAUGCAACAUUGCACAUCCGGUUAUUUUUCUUUUCCAUUUCUUUCCACGAUUUAACAGUAUUUUGCCAAGGAGGGUAUCCUAAAAUUGUUUUUAAACCAAGUGAUCCCCUGAUUGCCCGUAGCGAAGACAAAGCUACGCUUAAUUGGGCGCUUGAGCUGCCUCCCUCAGAGACAUGGAGCAGUAGCAUAUUUGAGGUGAUGUUUGGAAUCUGGAAACAUCCAGGAUUCCUGAAAACAAAACUCUUGGUCAUCGAUAGACACGGUGAAGUACUGAUAAGACCAAACUACGAAAAGAAAAUUAGCUGCGACUUUAACAUGUCCAAGCUUCAAGUUGCAUUCAUACUCCAUAAUUUAACCAUGAAGGACGAGAAUCAUUACUGUCUUCAGGUUGAGCUUGGCCUUCAUCAGCCUCCUUUGACGGAUCCUGUGAUGCUUCUUCUUGAGGGUAAUAUAUUUGUUACAUUUCAUUUGCACUGGGAUGCCACAGACCCGGACGAGGGGGUAUGUUCUGGGUAUGUGCCGCUGGCCACGCAGAGCCUCUUAACCAUAGUCAAUCAGUGGCCAAUAAUGGAUCUCAUUUUAGCCGCUUUUAAGAAAAUGUAGUUUUCGCGAUCCCAACUUAGUCACAUUCUGUUUAUGUAUCUACCUUUUAAAGCAUUUUAAGAAGGUCAUUAUAACAUGAAUUGACAUAACUUACCAGAAUCUUCUCACCUCCAAAAUCCCCAAAAUGCGCGACCCUAUUCUAAUGACUACAAGAAAAAUGUUGCCCAAUUAUAGUCAAUCGAGCCGUGAAAAUGUGAGUCCAUCCAGUGGCACAUCCCCAUAAGCUUAUAACUAGAAAGUACUCCACCCCCCUUGGGGGCCACAGAUUGCUCCCCCAUCCUAUCACAUAAUCAUGUCGUGGCUGCAAAGUGCAUAGAUUUUGCCAUGACUAUUUAGACAUACGUUCUUGCUUGAUUCAUAUAAAUGCAAAGGGAAAUAUCUAUUCCUUUGACCAGUGUUAAAGAGAAAUCUCAAACUGUUCUCAGUUAUCCUCCAGAUCUGCUGUAUUAACCAUGUAGAGCCUUACAAAGAACUUACGUUGUAAAAUACGUACAGGCUAUGGUCAGUCACACCCGAGACAAAAAGUUGGCUUUCCUUCUCUGAAAUUCACUUCUGAUUUAGAAAAACCUAACUCUCAAAUAUCUUAACAGAUCCUCCUAAGAUAACUAGUCCAAAACAGGAAAACUUUUCCGUGAACAUUGGGGACAACUUGCGAAUAAACAGCCAAGCAAAGGGUCUUCCUGCACCUAACAUAACAUGGACGAAACAGGGGCGAAUUGUUGGUAAUGAUACAUUGGUUCUCAAUGGAGUAACGCCAAACGACAGCGGAGUCUACCUGUGCAGCGCUCACAACCAGGCUGGUGAAGAUCAUAGGGAGAUUGUGGUUACGGUUAUAGAGCAUAAUUAUGGAUCGCAAAAGCUAACAGGUAAUUUGUUUGUCGACUUAAAUACCUAUGAACUAGAUUACUAAUGCAUAUACCUGUGUUGAACGAUUUGAAAAUAUCAAACACUCCCCCACUGUAGAAGUCGAAUGGGAUCAUUAUCUAUUCAAGGAGUUAGUUUCUCUGAUCUUUUUUAAGCUAAGGAUUUCUUUCGCGCAAAUCAUGCUAUCAACCACAUCAUUGUCCCUGUAAUUUUAAGUAGUCCACGUUACUCUAACAAGGUCCUGCAAUUUGAUAUCUUCUCAUGAUAUCGAUCAUUGGUUCGAUUAGCUUCUCUAUACAUUAAAAAAAGUGUAAAAUUUUCAAUUUUCUGAAUUGGCCAAGCCGCUCAUCCACAAGUUAAUAACAGACAGAUUGAUAACCGAGGUGGCCUCCCCCCAGCCUCUCCUGUCGUCUUUGAGGUCUCUUGCUGUUGAAUUUGUAAUAAUUUUACUUCUGAAGUUGCUAAGAAAUGAUGACGACGAUGAUGGUGAUGAUAAUCAUCCUUCCUGCUAAAGUGCUUUCUCACUUUUUUUCCAGUUCCCCAUAUGCCAACACAAACAUCACACGAUGGAGGAAGUCCUGUGUGGUUAUUUCCGGUAGUCAUAGGUGUGUCAGUUUUAUUAAUAGCUGCAGUGGUUAUCUUUCGCUUGCGUGGGCGCUACUGCGAAAAGAAUCUCGCUUAUGGGCAGCAUAUUGAUGAAGAAACAGGUGAGCACUCCACAACUGCCAAGAUCGAGCUUAGAGACGAUGAGGCGACUGCGGGUUAGUGACUGAGAGACGAUAGAAAAGCGGGCAAACAGGAAACAGAGUAUACAUUGAUCAUACUCUAUCAUGGAGUGCACCAUUAGCUGGUAUACCGAAAUAGUAGCAAAAGCAGCGAUACAAUUUAUCAAACUUUUUUCUCUUUCUCAACUUCCUGCGGGUUUCUGCUCCUAAGCCUCUAAAUUGUCUCCACUGACCCGAUAGUUAGAAAUAAAACUUGCGUCAUUGUAGUACACUGUAAGUGUGCUUUAAAAUGAUUGCUAAGGAAAAUAGAAAACUUUAAAACAGAUCAAUUUUUGUUAAUGACGGAAGAGAAUUUUCUCAUCGAGAAAAUGAGAAAUAAGUUGCUUUGACAAAAACCAUCUACUAGUCUUUGAACAACAAUCUGACGCACCCAUUUGAUGAGUGCAUCGGUACUCAAAAUCCUUUGUUUUACAAUGUGAGUUCGGAACACAACCCAAUCACUGAAAAGAAUUCCAAGAACUUGCAACUGAAGAGUUUGUUACCGAAAGUAGCAUGGAAUGGCUUCGUAGGAGAGAACUUUUUAAAAAUUCAAACCUAUAAUCUGGCCUAAUAUUAGUAAAUACAGCAAGAAUACAAUUUUUUUUGCUAUAUGUAUAAAUAUUUUUUUCAAAAGUAACACUUUAACAACACGUUUCCUUGUAUAAGAUGCAAAACAUUUGCCCUUUAAGCAUGGUCGAUUGUAUUAAAUGGUAGACAGUCAAUUCCGUACAAAACUAUCAAAGCAAUUUAAUCAAAUGUAAUGUGCCUUUUCAGCUCUUUUAGAAAUGUUGAUGAGUUCAAUCCUGUCGUUUCAGUAAACCAUCUCGAAAACGGAAAGUGCUUUCGAGCUUAAAACAAUAAAGGAAGUGA